UGCUGAUGAGUGACAUUGAGGCUUGUAGGGUGUCUGCUGGCAGCCGCAAAGGUACUGCUGGAGUCGUUUUGAAUCUGCAGAUCGCUUUGGCUUCGCUGUCUCGGCAAGAGCUGCAUGAUGGUGGGACCCUCUUCGAUCUGCGACCACGAUGGAUGCCUGCGCAUGCUGCAUCAUGCACAUUCUCGAUUCGUGACUGCAAGGCGCAAGGUGCGAUCCUACUUUCAGGAUCUGAGACCUAUAUGCCAUGUCCAAAUCAAUCUGCGCCUCUUGUGCAGAUUUGAUGGACUCACGGCGAGGCCAGGAAGGAAGCUAAUGCUGAUUGGCAUGCGCGUGGAUGCCUUGACAAAUUUUCCAGUCCCAACGAGGAGGAAAGCGGAAUUCCUAUUCGACGCUGUCGUUGUUGCAGAGUCGAAGAGUGGACAGCGCUCGGGAUGCGCUGGGGUCACGGAAGGCAGUCAUCAGAGUCGGAGUGCUGCAUCCCACCGCAUCAGAUGCGAUCGAGUGAGGAGUCGUCGCUCAAGCUUCAUAAAUGCUGCAGAAGCUUCGUCAUCGCGAGUCAUAGCUAGGCGACGCUUUCCGGGACUUUCUUUCGGCGAUUCUUGAUAAUCGUCGCAUUUGCCUGGAUCGCCUUCUUCCCGAGAUAUCCGUCUAAUCUUUUGUGUCAGGCCCGCUCAACUUCGAGCUCGAGC